AUGACAAUAAAGAAGAAUGGAGAAAAAUGGAUUGUGUCCAAGUUUGUACUCCAACAUAAUCAUGAGAUGUUGACACCUAGGAGUACGAGUUUGCUUCGUGGGCAUAGACGGGUGAGUGCAGUGCAAAAAAAUUUAAUAGACACGCUGAAUGAGUCGGGGAUACCAACACGGAAAAUAAUGUCCGUGUUGAGUAAGGAGCAUGGAGGUGAUUAUAAUAUUAGUUGCAUUCCUAAGGACAUUCAGAAUUAUUUGGGCAAUCGAAUGAAGCAUGUUCUUGAAGAGGGAGACGCACAAAAGUUAUAUAAGUACGUUUUGGAAAAUGAACGUAAUAAUCCAGGUUUUGUAUAUUCGAUCCAAGUUGAUACGAAUGGGUCGAUGGGAAAUUGCUUUUGGGCAGAUGGUAGAUCAACAACUGCAUAUCAAUAUUUUGGGGAUGUUGUUACGUUUGACGCUACGUACCUAACAAAUCGCUACAAGAUGCCCUUUGUUCCAUUCAUUGGAGUUAACCAUCAUCAUCAAUCUGUGAUAUUUGGAUGUGCAUUAUUGAUAAAUGAGAUAGCUGAGUCUUACACAUGGUUAUUGAAAACAUGGCUGGAAGAGAUGCUUGGUCGUGCUCCCUCAACAAUAUUAACUGAUGAUGACAAGUCAAUGGCUAAGGCCAUCGUGAAGGUAUUGCCCAAUACAACUCACAAAUUGUGCUUAUGGCAUAUCCUACAAAAAGUCCCUGAACAUCUAGCUCAUGUUUAUAACAGAUUUCCACAAUUUAGAUAUGAUUUUAACCACUGUAUUCAUGACACGGUAACUAUUGAGGAGUUUGAGUUGGAGUGGACUGAACUGUUGGGUAAGUACAAGUUGGAAGAAAAUAGUUGGUUAAAAACUAUUUAUGUCAAGAGAGAAAAGUGGGUGCCUGCUUAUUUGAGAUCUAUAUUUUGCGCUGGAAUGUCCACAACUCAACGAAGUGAGAGUAUGAACAAGUUUUGUAAAGAUUAUGUUCGUUCAAGUACGAUGGUAAGUGACUUCGUCCAUCAAUAUGAUAAAGCUUUGAAUGCCCAUUAUCUAAGUGAGAAAGAGAAAGAUGUGAAGACAAAAAAUCAAGGCCAAUUAUGA